AUGUACGACGGUCAAAGCCUUGGCUCGUCAUCAGACAGCGUUGACCGUCUGUUUCGUGAGACUGAUGAGGCAUUCAAAGCUCUUGGAUCUGCACUUAGAGAAACCCAACGCCAGCGUUUCAGACGCAUCGAAGCUGAUGAGAUGUUAACACCGGAUCGCAUCGAAGCACUGCGCAAGAAACGAGAGGCUGCACAACAAUUGGACGACGAGCGCGCUACCACUAGAGAACGAUAUUCUAUCGACUCCGUUCGCAGCGCAGCAUCAGAUAACUCCGAGACAGAUAUUGAGCCAUUCCAUCUUGACGAAUUAGCAUCUCGAAUUAGAGCAAGACAGGCUGUGGAGAAUUCGGCAGUUUCGGUCGUAGUAACGCCUCCUGCCGCAGACCCGACUCCUGAUCUGGAUCUUGUUUCCCGAGACGUUUCGAAACGGGCCUCAGGGGAAGAGGAGGAUGAUGAGUCAGUUGGUAGUAGCAAAGAUAAAAGUGACGCAUCGCCAGAGACCUCACCCCAACUGCCGGCCAAGAAUCCUGCACGUCUCGGUGCAGAGGCUUCACAAAAGCUACCAUCGAUACCCGAAGUAAUGGGGGCUGCGACAGCGAAAGACGAGGCAAGCAUCGAGCCUCUGGCUAGUCCACCAGCCACUGAAGCCAGCAAUAUGAGGAUGGAAGAGAACGAUGAGUUCUUUUACCUCAAGAGUACGCCGUAUACUCUCACAAGCCCAUCUUUCCGCCAUGGACCUAUCACCCUAGCCAAAGCCGAGGUUGGCAAAGGAGCCAAGAUCAUGGACGAUACAUUAGACUGGACAGCGUUCCAGAUGGCGAUUUUGGGAGGAGCCGGGGAUUUCCUCCAAGACAUGUCGAGCGAGGAGGACACAAAGCAGGUGGAGGAAAUCACGUCGUGGUUCGAUACGUUUGGCUUUGAGACAUACGGGGUGCUGAUACCUGGAGACGUGCCUGAGCCAGAACCAGAACCCGUGGCUGUUUCUGUGUCAGAGCACACGCCGUCAAUGAGGUCUUCGGCUCACAGCACUCUCUCGUCGACGCCUUCAACCAUCGACACAGAAGUUGACCUGCCGAUCCCGGUGGGUGCAGAAUUCCCCUCUGGGUUCUGGAACGCCCCGGCGCCCGGCCAGACUCUCAACAAAGCUAAGUUCUAUAACAGCACAGGGCUAAAACGAUGGGUUGGCGAAGGACGACCGAAACGCCCUUCGUCACACAGCUCGGAAGACAGCCUACCACCGAGUCCAAUGAUGCCUCUCGUGGUUCAUAUGGGCGCUGGCGAAGCCGAUAUUCCGGAUACGGUACCGAUGGGUUAUAACCUAGACCAUGACCUUUCUGAUUUUCUGAAGUGGGAAGCGGAAAAUGUCUUCUUUAAGCCAGAAACAUUCUCUUCCAACACCAACCACAAAGAAAUCACAAUGCUCAGACGACCUGCAACAACUCUACACAUCACUUCAGAGGACGUCGCUUCCUACGAGGACCGUCGUGCCCGUGAAGCCCUCGUUGCGGCACAACAAGCGCGAAGAGCUGCUGCUGUGGCGGCUGCUCAGCAGAGUCAGGCUGAUAUGGAGGGCGUCCAUCAGGCGCUGCAGGAGAGGGAGAGGGAUGAUGAUGUCAGGAGGGUCAGGGAGGAGAGGAUCGGUGUUUCGAGGAGGAGAUGA